UGCUGUUAGAGUGGUAUUAGUGUUGUUGUAAGUGUAGUUUUAGCACCCCCAACAGGAGAUUUUGUAAAUAGCAAGUGACGUCACAGGAAGUAAAAAAUCGGUGGAUGUUUACAUGGUGCUUGACGUCUGAUCAUUAUCCACGUCCAUCUGCCUCCAUCCUUCGUCUUUCGUGUUAUCGUCUUUUCACACUUUCUGCAUUAGUAAACCUGUGGACAAAGAGAAUUGUCUUCAGUGUGUUAAUGGAAGAAAGGUGUUGAACCUUGCUGCCGGUCCUCUACUUCGUGGUGAAGUGGGAAAGACAGUACAGUGAAAAGACGGCACGUUAUACACGAGGUAAUCCAGUGAGUGUCACUACAGCAACUGUCAUCACACAAUACAGCUUCUACCGACCUGCAAUAUGGAGACAAAGUCAGCGUCAUUAAAGACAAGGUCUUAUGCAUCAAUGUCAUCCACUCGUUCCAGUGGAACAGCAACUAGCGCUGCAGCUGCAAAAGCCAGGGCUAACGCUGAAGCGGCAAAGGCACGUUUAGUAUUUGCAGAAAAAGAAAUGAAGUUAAAAAUGGAAAAAGCUCGUCUAGAAGCUUCAAUGGAAAUGUUGACUAUAGAAAAGGAGACUGCUGCAGCCAUAGCAAAGGCAGAAGCUUUAGAAGCAGUGGUGGGAGCAAGUGAAGGAAAACACAGCUCUAGGCUUCCUUUCAUCUCAUCAGUAGUUGACUCUUCAGAGCGCACAAAAGAGUAUGUGGAGAACCAGGCUAAACUUUCAGCAGACAUACAUGUGGAAUCACACGAUGCGCCGUGUUUACAGUCACAACGGCUACCUCUAGAACAACCUUCACGCAAUACGUUGUACAUGCCACAUCUCACUCCACCAAGAGAUGAUUGCACUGCUGUUGCUAAUGUGUUUAAAACACAGCAAAAAAACCUUAACCCAUUUAUCACAAUGGAUGUCAACGCCACCUCAUCGCAACAGAUGGAGCACCAGUACAGAACUAUAACAGAAAAUGAUCAAGAUUCUGUAAUGCCUGCACACAGUCCCACUGUAAAUCAGCAACCAUGUGACACGAACAAUGCAAUGGAAGCUCGUCCCACAUCCCAACGUGGCAACUUCCAGCAGCCUGCUCACUCAACUGGUUCACAGAUGACAGACUUCGUCAGAUUUCUAGCACGAAGAGAACUUGUUACAACAGGUCUUUUACAGUUUAACGACAGACCGGAGAACUACAGGGCCUGGCGACGUUCAUUCCAGAAUGCCAUAAGAGACUUAAACCUAACAUGUGAUGAAGAAAUGGACCUGCUUGUCAAAUGGCUGGGAAGUGAAUCAACUGAGCAUGCAAAACGCAUAAGAUCUAUCCAUAUAAACCAGCCAGCUAGAGGGUUAAACAUGAUCUGGAACAGAUUAGAUGUGUCUUAUGGUGCAUCUGAAGCUAUUGAGAAAGCAUUGUUUGAGAGACUUGAUCGUUUUCCAAAAAUUGGAAACAAGGAUCACACCAAACUUCAGGACCUCAGUGAUUUACUGAUGGAAUUAGAUGCAGCUAAGGCUGAGGGAGAUCUGCCUGGUCUUUCUUAUCUUGAUACUCCCAGAGGUGUACAUGCAGUAGCACAAAAAUUACCUUAUAGUAUACAAGAAAAAUGGCUCUCUCAUGGAUCUUCUUAUAAACAAUUACAUUGUGUACCGUUCCCCCCAUUCUCAGUCUUUGUCUCAUUCAUCUACAAUCAAGCACAAAUAAGGAAUGAUCCUAGCUUCAACUUUGUUUGUCAAGAUGAAGUUAAAGUUAACAUACAAAGACCUCCAUGGAAAAACAGAACAAGGGAAAUCUCAGUUCACAAAACAGAAGUAUCAGCUGCUGCGUGCUCAGACAACAGAUACAAAAAGAACAUGGAGGAUCCAGAUAGGAGAUGUCCAAUACAUAACAAGCCCCACACAUUACAGAAAUGUCGUACAUUUCGGGAAAAACCUUUAGAAGAAAGGAAAACUUUUCUCAAAGAAAAUGGCAUCUGUUUUAAGUGUUGCAACUCCUCAGCACACACUGCCAGAGACUGCCAAACUAUUGUUAAGUGCACUGAAUGCACCAGUGACAGACACUCUUCAGCACUACACCCGGGUCAGGCACCAUGGGUUAAAGACACCCAACCACCCAAGCACGGCGGGGAGCCAGAACCCAUUCAAACUUCAGAAGUUACUAGCCAGUGCACUUCAGUCUGUGGAGAAGACCGUGCAGUCAAGAACUGCUCCAAGAUAUGCCUGGCCAGAGUCUAUCCUAAAGGAGAAAGUGACAAAGCCAUAAAGGCUUAUGUUAUCAUAGAUGAGCAGAGUAACAGGUCUCUGGCACACUCGAGUUUCUUCGACACGUUUGGUGUUCAAGGCCCGGCUGCUUCGGACAACGACCCUACACAGGAAGUCAUCGAGUACCGCAUGACAGUGCAUGUGUUUGGAAACAGCCCCAGUCCAGCAGUCGCUAUUUACUGCCUUAGGCAAGCUGCGAUGGAAGGGGAACCACAUCAUGACCCUGGAGUGAAAGACUUUGUCAACCGUGACUUCUAUGUGGACGAUGCACUUAAGUCCUUUUCUACUGAAGAGGCAUAUGCUGAAGAAUUGGCCUGUCUCAAAAACGGUCAAGUGAUCUCACGAAGAAGUCCUCUUAAGGCCCUGGAUCCCUUUAUUGAUGAACACAACAUCCUAAGAGUAGGUGGUCGGAUGAGACAUGGAGAAAUUUCUCUGGAAGAAAAGCACCCUAAGAUCAUUCCUGGUAAGACCCAUAUUGCCACACUGUUGGUCCGAUAUUACCAUGAACAAACCCUGCACCAAGGCCGUCACUACACCGAAGGUGCAAUUCGUGCAGCAGGUAUCUGGAUUAUUGGUUUGAAGAGACUGGUUGGCAAUGUCAUUUAUCAUUGUGUCACAUGUCGAAAGCUCCGUGGUGUCCCUCCACAACAAAAGAUGGCCGACUUGCCAGCAGAUCGUCUCUCCAUGGACCCUCCAUUUACUUACAUUGGAUUGGAUGUGUUUGGCCCAUGGAAUGUUGUUGCAAGGCGUACAAGGGGUGGUCUCGCCCAUAGUAAAAGAUGGGCUGUGAUAUUCACUUGCAUGGCUGUUAGAGCAGUUCACAUUGAGGUUAUCGAGUCUUUAGACACCUCCUGCUUUAUCAAUGCCCUCAGGAGAUUUUUGGCCAUUCGAGGUCCUGUGAAACAGAUCCGAUCGGACAGAGGCACAAAUUUUGUGAGUGCAUCAGCAGACCUAAAGAUCCCAUCUAAUAUUGACUCCAAAUCUGUUGAGAAGUAUUUGGCAGACAGAGGCUGCUCAUGGGUCUUUAACCCCCCACAUGCAUCUCAUAUGGGUGGCUCGUGGGAAAGGUUAAUUGGCAUAGCCAGAAGAAUCCUGGAUUCAAUGUUUCUGCAAGUUGGGACAUCAAGUUUGACACAUGAGGUGCUUACUACACUGAUGGCAGAAGUGGUAGCGAUUAUAAAUUCAAGGCCUCUCCUACCAGUGUCUACUGAUCCAAGUGACCCAGUUAUACUCACCCCAGCUACCCUCUUAACUCAAAAGACGGGUGUUCCAUCAGUUCCACCUGCAGACCCUAAUGUUAAGGACCUCUGUAAGCAGCAAUGGCGCCAAGUCCAACAUCUGGCCCAAACUUUCUGGAGCAAAUGGAGAAGACAGUAUCUGUCAACAUUGCAGCCAAGAAGGAAGUGGCACGACAAUCAGACGAAUCUGGAGACUGGGAGCAUUGUGCUUCUACGGGACCAGCAACUCAAGAGGAAUGAAUGGCCCCUGGGAAUAAUUACUCAAGUUCUCCCCAGUCAAGACAACAAGGUCCGCAAAGCAGAGGUCAAGGUGUCAAGGCAGGAUGGAACUAAAGUAUUUCUGAGGCCAGUGACGGAGCUCAUUCUUCUGUUAUCACCACCGUAGGACUAAAUUGUUUUAGAAGUGUUUCUUAUUCAAUGUUGAUAGUGGCAUUUAUCUAUGCCAGGCGGGGAGUGUGCUGUUAGAGUGGUAUUAGUGUUGUUGUAAGUGUAGUUUUAGCACCCCCAACAGGAGAUUUUGUAAAUAGCAAGUGACGUCACAGGAAGUAAAAAAUCGGUGGAUGUUUACAUGGUGCUUGACGUCUGAUCAUUAUCCACGUCCAUCUGCCUCCAUCCUUCGUCUUUCGUGUUAUCGUCUUUUCACACUUUCUGCAUUAGUAAACCUGUGGACAAAGAGAAUUGUCUUCAGUGUGUUAAUGGAAGAAAGGUGUUGAACCUUGCUGCCGGUCCUCUACUUCGUGGUGAAGUGGGAAAGACAG